CAUAAACGUGUACAUACCGGUGAACGGCCUUAUAUGUGUGGAAUAUGUGGUCAAACUUUUGCACGGUCUUCCCAUCUACCAGGACACAUGCGAACACACACUGGGGAAAAACCUUUCAAUUGUCCCCAGUGUGGCCGAUCAUUUGCAACCAACCAGAUUAUGAAAAAUCAUAUGAGGACACACACUGGGGAGAGACCCUUUGUGUGUGAUGUUUGUGAUGCCACUUUUGCUCAGAGUUCAUGUCUAGCCACUCAUAGGAAAAUUCAUACAGGUGAACGUAAUUUCAAGUGUGGCCAGUGUGGAAAGGCAUUUAUAUCAAGAUCAGGCUUGCAGACACACGAGAGGGUCCAUACUGGUGAAAAACCUUAUAGAUGUGUGAAGUGUGACAAGUCUUUCAAAACUUCCUCAUACCUUUCCAAACAUAAGCAGAAAUAUUGUGGCAACAAUGGAUAUAAGAACAGGGUCCGACAGCCAGAUGCAAAAAAGCCAGGUCGUAAGCCAGGAAGCAACAAAAAAGGGGGCAAUAAGGCAGCAAGCAACAAAAGGAUUAGUAAGUCGAGAAAGGCUGCAAAGUCGCCUGCAAGACCAGUAAAGAGAAACAGACCCAAACGUCUGCAGAGAACAAGAAGGUAUGUAGAUAGUGAGUCAGAGGUUGAAGGAAUAGAUGAACUGACUGCUGUUGACCAGUUAGAUGAAUCUGAAUCCUCUUUGGUGAAGAAGAAGAAGUAGUAAAUCACUAGAGAUGAGCACAAAGGAGGAACAUGAGAAUGAGAAGCUAGAUACAGUUGCUGAGACAAAUGAACAGCAACAAGACCAGGAAGAUUCUUUGGCUUUUGAGGAUAAUGACAGAGAGUAUGAUGAAAGCUGGCAUGCUAUAGAUAGAAAGUUCCCAGAAGAUAUGGAAACAUAUGGAGAUGAGGAGAUGAAACCCUAUGAAGAUAGCAGUUUUGAUCUUCAGGAAUCUCAUACACAAAUUCCUCAGGUUCACGAUCAGCUCCUACUAGCAAAAGGUAUGAAUAACCUCAAGGAAGAGCUAGAGCAGGGAUUCCCCGAAGCUUCUCCCCACACAAGAGUAACUCUGGAAGGGCAUCCACCUCCGUUGGCAGCUGUACAUGACCAGAUCUCAGACAUGCUUCCUCCUGAUGCCAUCCAAGCCACAGAGGAUCAGCAGCUUAUAUAUGUUCCUAGAAAGAGUUCAACUGCUUGGUAUUCUAGAAAUUUUGUAUAAUGAAAUAUUUCAUACUACAAAUCUGCUCAAAAAAUAAAGUUAUUUGUAGGAAUUUUUUCUUUCUAUUUUUAAAAGAAGUGAAAUUUUGAUGUACAAAUGUUUUAGUGUUUGAAUUUCACAAUCAAAGUUUUAUACUUGGUAUUUUUUAUACAGCUGAUGCCUAAUACCUAGAGAUAAUUAUUUUUUCAUAUGAUGUACUGGUAACUGCAAAUAAGGUGAAAGUACUAAUAAGGAGAGGUUUAAUGUGUAAAUAGAACAGGGAGUAAAAUGACUAAUAGCAAGUAUUUUAAGAAUUGUUUGAAAUUUUGAUGAAGAAGCAUUUGCUCACUGAACUGUUUGAAAUGUGAAAUGAAUGUUAUAAAAAUCAGUUCAAAAUGCCUCUAGUUUUAUUUAAUAUAAAUGUAGCACUUGAUUUUAAUGUUGGAUAUAUUUUUAAUACAAUUAAUGAAAUUUC